AGCAGCAUGCUGUCCGCAUUGAUCGUCCCCUUCAAGUACAUGAGUCCAGGUCCAGACAGCACAGAGGACGAGGACACUUUAAGUACCAGCAGUAUAGAGGUCAAAGAGAACCGGAACACUGGAAACCUUGAUGACUGCCCUAUCAUGGCAUCGGAUCGUCCAUCCUUCUUCCUUUCUGAUGCAACUAGAGUGGGUGUGUCUUCUCUGAAACGAAAGCGCCCACUAGAAGAGGACAACAAUGGGCGUGUAUGUGAACUGCGAUUGUGCUACAGGAAGUCCUCAUGGUCAGACACACCCAAAAACGCCGUGGUUCAGUUGAAUGAGUUGCGGCCGGGCCUGCAGUACCGCAUUGUGUCUCAGACGGGCCCUGUACAUGCGCCUCUCUUUUCAAUCGCUGUUGACGUUAAUGGACUCACCUUUGAGGGAACAGGGCCAACAAAAAAGAAGGCUAAGAUGCGGGCAGCCGAGCUGGCACUAAGCUCCUUUGUGCAGUUUCCUAAUGCUGCCCAAGCUCACUCAGCUAUAGGUAGUGCAUCUAACCCCACUACAGACUUUACCUCUGACCUUUUGGACUUUCCGGAGACACUCUUUAAGGGAUUUGAACCAGACGGUUAUCGUUCAGCUGAGUCUGAGCUGCUCUCUAGUGCCCUCCGUCUGCGGCACAAACUAGACUUAAUGGUGGUACAAGCGAGGCAGGACGACGUUCGCUUUUCUACCCCUUCACCAACCCCUGAACCUACAACCCCGAGUCCUGUUGUGUUGCUGAACGAUCUCCGACCAGGAGCACGCUAUGCAUGUUUGUGCCAGAGUGCCCAGGGCAGGCAUGCUAGACGCUGUUUUGUAAUGGCCGUUCGAGUGGAUGGACAUACAUUUGAAGGCACUGGUCGCAGCAAGAAGCUGGCAAAGAGAAAAGCAGCACUGAGUGCCCUGCAGUCACUCUUCAACAUCACACAGGCACCCGAGGCAAGGCUGGGCACGAUCAAGCGACCUCAAUUACCCCAGGAUUUUGCUGAUGCUGUAUUUCAUUUGGUAAGGGAAAAGUACAGUGAGCUGACCGGCUGCUCAUCUCUUAUGCACUCGCGUCACAAAGGCCUUGCAGGCAUCGUCAUGACCAGAGGGCUGGAUGUGAGACAGGCUGAAGUGGUGGCACUAUCUACGGGUACCAAGUGUAUAAAUGGAGAGUAUCUGAGUGAUCAGGGUUUAGCUGUUAAUGACUGUCACGCAGAAAUCACAGCCAGACGAGCACUGCUGAGAUUCCUUUAUUCACAACUGGAAUUGCACCUCAGUAAGCGAGAGGAGGACAGGGAGCAGUCCAUCUUCAUCCGACAUAAAGAUUCGUAUUUCCGUCUCCGAGACAACAUCCUCUUCCACAUGUACAUCAGCACCUCGCCAUGUGGAGACGCCCGCAUCAACUCACCCUACGAACUCACCACAGACUUCUCAGUGCACAACAGUAGAUCGCUGGUAAAGAAGUUCCACAGUCAUUUGCGAAGUAAGAUCGAGUCAGGCGAGGGUACGCUACCUGUACGGUGCAGAUCAGCUGUACAGACAUGGGAUGGAGUGAUGCAGGGUGAGAGACUUGUCACCAUGUCCUGCACUGACAAGAUAGCCAGGUGGAACGUGCUGGGUCUGCAGGGGGCACUGCUCAGUCACUUUAUUGAACCUGUGUACCUGUACAGUUUAACGGUGGGUAGUGUGACACACACUGGCCACCUCUCCAGAACCCUCAACCAGAGGAUGGAGCGCCUUGGUUCACUUCCUGCCUGCUAUCGUCGAAACCAGCUCUUGCUCAGCAAUCUUAGCAGUAGUGAAUGUUGGCAAAAACCAAAGUCAACGUGCUACAGUGUAAACUGGACUGCAGGAGAUGAUCAGCUGGAGGUGAUCAAUGCCAACAUGGGCAAGCGGAGAGACUGUGGAGCGCCAUCACGUCUCUGCAAAUAUUCCCUGUUUGUACGCUGGAACAGAAUCUAUUGCAAGCUGGUAGCUUCGGGUUCGAACACCAACCCACUGACGUACAGUGAGACCAAGCAGGCGGCAGCAUCCUACCAGACUGUGAAGGAGCAGUGGGUGAGAACACUGCAGGAGGCCGGAUUAGGAACGUGGGUCAGGAAACCUGCAGAGCAAGAGCAAUUCCUUCUUCCAGCAGGAGACAAUGUCCGCCUAGUGAUCUGAGGUUUGAAUCUCAGCAGUGCUAUUGGCUGGUCGGGCAUCUGCACAGAUUGGCUGUGUCUAUUGUCAGGAAUGAUUCACUGCGAUCC